AUGUCACUUAAACAGCUUUUUACUAAAGAAGGGAAAAAGAGUGAAAAUAAAAAUAAUAAAUAUGAAGAGAAAAUUAAUGACUUCGUUGUUAGCAAUUCAAAAAAAAAUUGUCCCAGAAAAUUAGAUUCUUCACAAUCAUCACCUUUACUAUUUGUAAAAGCACUUAUCAAGCAUAUAAAUGUUAUGAUGAUUUGUCGUACUAUAUGGAUUUCUUUAAUGUCGUGUACAUUUAUAAUUUUAUCUAUAGUUGUUGUUUUUCUAAUGAUUUAUAGUACUGAGAGUACUGACUUAUAUUUAUACCAUGACUUAACAAUUAUUCUUAUUGCCUUUUCUGUUUUUUGUCUAUUGGAGGUCAUGGCUGUCUCUCUUUGUAUUACAUAUUACAUUCCUCAGUUGGAUGAAGUGGAUGAAGUGGAUAAAGUGGAUGAAACUAAAGAAGCGGACGCAAAUAAAUUGAAACAAUCAAAAUCAGGUGAUAAAAAAAAAUCAAAUAAAAAAUCAAAAUUAGAACGUAAAAGCACACAAAAUAAAGAUAUGCAUAUUUUAGUUAAUGAAAUGUUUAAAUCUACAUCUGGUUUUCUAAAGAAAUAUUACAGUUAUUAUAAUGGGGAAGCCAAUGAAAAAAAUGAAUUCCUUUGUAUUACCGUUAUUUUGGUAACCACAAUACUAAUAGCAUGUGAGAUUACUAUAUUGCAAAGAAAACUGUUGACAGAAAAUUUUAUGGAAAAGGAGAAUCCGUCAAAAGAUAAUGAUCAAAUCUUGAAACGUUAUCAAAAGAACAUAGUUAAUUUGUUAAGGACUAUAAAUUCUUAUAUGAACACUAUUACUGAUGAUGCUGGCAGUAUUAUAAAAUUCAAACCUUCUUAUGCUAUUGCUGGUGAUGCUGAUAGUAUCAGAUUUUUUAAAUAUUAUCGACCAAUAUAUUCUCCUGACCAUAAAAAAUUAAAUUCACCAUUUUUAAAUUUGAAAGAGAUUUUUAAUACUAUAUCUACUGAAAAAGCACAUGGUUCGGAUGAUUCAUAUAACAUUGAUUUGAUUGGAUUGUACCAUGAUAUAGUAUACAAAAUUGUCACAAAUCUAACUAUUGAAGAUGAUCAAUCUGAACUAACUAUUGAAGAUGAUCAAUCUGAACCAUCUAUUGAAGAUAAUAAAUCAGAAACCCCUUUAAUUGAGAGAACAUUGCUGAAUGAUUUAAUUUAUGAAAUGGAUAAGAAAAUUACUGAGUAUUCUAAGUCAGCCAUUGAAAAAAAUAAAGUAGAAGAUAUUGAUCUAGACAAUUUAGAGAAAAAAAUAGGGUCAGUUCUAUUAGGAAUCAUAGACAUGAUUACGGAAAUCAGGACUCAUAAAGGAUUUCAAGAUAAUGAUAAUUUACAAAAGUAUAUUGAUGAUUUAAGAACUCAGUCUUCUCUUAAUUGGUUUGAUAUCAUGGAAAAAAGAAGAUAA